AUGGUCAAGCAUAGAAAUAAUUACUUAACAAUGCCUCCGAAGAAACGUUAUCAUAUUGGUCGGUAUGAUGCAAACGCUAAACGAACAAGACAAAAGCGUCAACUAGAAACUCCUGAGGAGAGAGAUAUAAGACGUAAAAAGGACCGCGAGAGAACUGCUAAAUUUAGAGCUUCAGAGACAGUCGAACAGCGUGCGAGACGUCUGCAGAUUCAGAGAGAGAGAACUGCCAAUUACAGAGCUUUAAAAAAAGAUCGACAGCGUCGGGCCCGACUACAGGACGAGAAAAAAAGAGCUGCAGAGAUAGCACAGACAGCACAGAGACAAGUGGAUAGAAUGGUGAGAUCCAGAGCUACGAAACCUUUAGUUUCAGCUUCAUGGAUAGUAAAACUGCUAGAGGCAACUGCUUUCUUGUUCACAGGAUAGAGCCAGGCAGUCAUAAACUGCACAAAAUAUUGACAUGGCUAUGGAAGGAUUCAACUAUGAUUCACGUAAUGACUUUUUACAGCCAUCAAGUGUUUCCUUUGGGACAAUUGAAAUGAGUCUACCGUCAAGUUGAAACAAUUUAAUUGGAGUCUCGUGGAUUUUGCUGUGUAAUUGUGAAAGUCAAAUAAAUAAUAUCCAGGAGAGGUGACUCGGCAUCAGCUGAUG